GCCGAAGUGAUUUGAUGCUCCGGCUCGGUCCGCUUCUUCAACGCCUCCAUCCCUCUUUGCUCUUCCUCCGCCGCCCCCACCCCGCACAAGCCUCCAGCAAAAUGUCGCUCUCGAACAAGCUCAGCAUCAAGGACGUCGACCUUAAGGGCAAGCGUGUCCUCAUCCGCGUCGACUUCAACGUGCCCCAGGACAAGAAGACCGGCGAGAUCACCAACCCUGCCCGCAUCGUCGCCGCCCUCCCCACCAUCAAGUAUGCCAUUGACAACGGCGCCAAGGCCGUCGUCCUGAUGUCCCACCUCGGCCGCCCCGAUGGCCAGAAGAACGAGAAGUUCACCCUCAAGCCCGUCGCAGAGAAGCUCCAGGAGCUCCUCAAGCGCGACGUGACUUUCCUCAACGACUGCGUCGGCGCCGAGACCGAGAAGGCCGUCAACGGCGGCAAGGACGGCCAGGUGUUCCUCCUUGAGAACCUCCGCUUCCACAUUGAGGAGGAGGGCAAGGGCGUGAUCAACGGCGAGAAGACCAAGGCCGACGCCGAGAAGGUCAAGGAGUUCCGCAAGGGUCUCACCGCCCUCGGCGACGUCUACGUCAACGACGCCUUCGGCACCGCCCACCGCGCCCACUCGUCCAUGGUUGGCGUUGACCUCGACCAGCGCGCUGCCGGCUUCCUCAUGAACAAGGAGCUCCAGUACUUCGCCAAGGUCAUGGAGUCACCCGACCGCCCCUUCCUCGCCAUCCUCGGCGGUGCCAAGGUCAAGGACAAGAUCCAGCUCAUCGACAGCAUGCUUGACAAGGUCAACAAGCUCAUCAUUUGCGGCGGCAUGGCCUUCACCUUCAAGAAGACGCUUGAGGGCGUCAAGAUCGGCAACUCGCUCUUCGACGAGGACGGCGCCAAGAUUGUCGGUGACAUUGUCAAGAAGGCCAAGGAGAAGAACGUCGAGCUCAUCCUCCCCGUCGACUAUGUCUGCGGCGACAGCUUCUCCAACGACGCCAAGCGCGUCACCGUCACCGACGCCGAGGGCAUCCCCGACGGCUCGAUGGGCCUUGACUGUGGCCCCAAGUCGAACGAGAUCUUCGCCAAGGCCGUCGCCGACUCCAAGACCAUCCUCUGGAACGGCCCCGCCGGUGUCUUCGAGUUCUCCAACUUCGCCCAGGGCUCUGAUUCGCUCCUUGACGCGACCAUCAAGGCCGCGGCUGGCGGCGCGACCGUUAUUGUCGGCGGUGGUGACACCGCCACCCUCGUCGCCAACGCUGGCAAGGAGGACAAGCUCUCGCACGUCUCGACUGGCGGUGGUGCCUCGCUCGAGCUCCUCGAGGGCAAGGAGCUUCCCGGUGUCGCGGCGCUCUCGAACAAGAAGUAAGCGACUGACUCGAGCUGGACAGCGAGCCUAGCAAUAAAACAAUGAGGAUGCGAAGCAUAUGCAUGAGGAAUAAGCAGCGCUCAAGCAGGAAAUACAUUAUAGACCGUGCAUCUCCAGUUUCUCUAUUUC